UCCCUUUGAACACCCUCUGCCCCUGGGGUUUUACUUUCUGUCACUGGGGAGAAGAGGAGGAAGAGAGAAAGCAGAGAGAGGGGGAGAGAGAGGGAGAGAGAGAGAGAGAGAGAGAGAGAGAGAGAGAGAGAGAGAGAGAGAGAGAGAGAGAGAGAGAGAGAGCGGGAGAGAGAGCUAAGGCCAGCGGCUUUGCUGGCUGUCAUUGUCGCUGUCUGUAAGGAGAAGCACCGGGGAGAGAGAGAGAGAGAGGGAAGAGAGACAGAAGAAAAGUUCCUGCCGAGGCAAAGUAGUCCGUGGGACCGCAGCUACAGUAUUCAACAGCUUCCCUAGGCUAUUGGUCAUCCAUUGCAAGGGAGAGAGAAAGUUACACCAAAGGAUUUUGUUUCUUAUAGCCCCUCCAACAGCGAGGGAGACUGUCCUUGACAGACUGACAGUCAGUGACACCUUUUCUGAGGGGUGUGUGUGGUUGGUUAGUGGGUUAAAGGAAUAGUUAGUGAUUUUGUUUGGCCAUGCAACAGGCCUGGGAUAAGGCUCUCUUUGAGGCGCACAUCGAAGGUGUCAAGAACGGCCAAACUUGUGAAAUGUCGGGGAAAAGCCAAGGAGGAUAUAUGGAAGCCAAGACGUCCAACAAACACUUCCAGAGAACUGCCCCCGGAGUGUCACAAGACCCGUCUUGGCCAAUGAGCACCAGUGUGUCCGACGGCAAUGAUAACAAGCCCCAGCCAGUGGGCGGUGGCCAGGGCCAGCUGAGUGGUGGGGCUGGGAACCACCAGAACGCCCAGCUCCUCCUGACACCCGCCAGCCUUCAGCUAGCCCAGCUCCAGGCCCAGCUCACCUUCCACCGCCUUAAACUGGCCCAGAGUGCUGUGGGGGGCAACGCAAACUCCGCAAACGCAGCCAGCAUCCUCAAUCAGGUCCUCGCCAAUGUGGCCAUGUCCCAGCCCCUCUUCAACCAGCUCCGUGCCUCGGCCAUGGUCAGUAAUGCCCAAGCAGUUGGUGGUGGUUUCCACUCCGGUGCCCUAGCCUUCCAACUGCCUCCACCACCGCCGCCACCCCCGCCACCCCCCAACUCUGCCCUGGGGACGAUGGUAGGGGCUGGGUUCAACCAGAAUCAUGGUAAUGUGAGGCUGAACCAUUACGGAGGUGGGGGUUUUUCAGGGAACCAACAGCAGCAGCAACAGGCCAACCAGCAUGGUGGAUCAGACUACGGCAAGAAAGCCGGAUCAACAUACCCUUUAGAUACGGAUAAGCGUCUCCAGUAUGGCUUCCUAGGGGGGACAUCGGUGGCGUUGAGUGAAGCCGGAGAGGGACAAGGGCAGUACGUGCCAAUCAUGACUCAGGCCAAGAGUACAAACCAAAGCUUUCAGAUUGACUUCUAUGGACAAAACGAUCGGAGUCAGCAACAACAACAGGCUGGGUUCGGUGUUGGGAAUCAAAACGAUCAGAACAAGAACGCUUUUAAGGAGCAGCAGUGGAAAAGCCCAGCUAACAUGAGCCACACGGGAAAAGGGUUAGACAUGGUUUCCAAUACUGCCACAGUAUGGAUGGGGACUGGGCAGCCAUUCCGUGCCAGAGAGGAACUGUACAAUCCAGAGGAGCCAACCUCUGACCCCAAGUUCAAUUCCGGCGGUGGGGGUGUUACUUCCUCGUUUGGAGCAGGCAUGGGCGGCAUCCAGGGGUUUGUAGGAUACCACAAGCAGCCCCUGCAGGGGGGAGAAGAGACCCUGUCUACGGGUGGUUCCGUACCACUCCAACCUCACCAGCUGAAUGACUACCACGCCGUAACGCCAUCCCACCUGCCCCACCAGUGCACCAUAUGUGAGAAGAAGGUCUAUAACCUCAAGGACUGGGACCAGCACGUGAAAGGUAAACUACACCUGCAGAACCGCUUGCUGUACUCUGAAGGUGCUAUCAUCACAGCCGGAGCUGUCCACUACGGUCCUGCCGGGUCGUCUGAAGGAUGCUUAAACAACGUCGGAGUGAAUAACUCCAUGGCUUACUCUUCCACCGCCAAUCAAGAUGUAUCAUCCGGAGCUAACCUACCAGCUGCAGCCAUGAGGACCUAUCCCAUGUCAGGGGCUGGAUUUACCCAACUCCCACCUGGGUCAAAGCCAUUUCCACCCAGGAAAUCGAUCACAGGACGGGUCGUCCACAUCUGCAACCUCCCCGAGGGCAGCUGCACAGAGAAUGAUGUCAUCAACCUGGGACUGCCCUUCGGCAAAGUCACCAACUACAUCCUCAUGCGCUCUACCCACCAGGCAUUUGUGGAGAUGGCGUACAUUGAGGCGGCUCAGGCUAUGGUUCAAUACUACCAGCUGACUCCAGCCACGAUCAACGAUCAGAAACUACUGAUCAGGAUGUCCAAGAGAUACAUGGAGCUUCAGCUCAAGAAACCAGGUAAAGACGUUGAUUCAAUCAUACAGGAUAUCAACUCUCAGAGGGAAAGGGACGAGAUGCAGGAGAUUGAUCACUACAUGCCAGAGAGAGCGCGGUCCCGUAGUCCCAUCAGCCGCUCUCUGAGCCCUCGCUCCCACAGCCCCAGCUUUACCUCCUGUAGUUCAGCCCACAGCCCCCAGGGGGCACCCUGCCGAGGAGGCCCGGAACGGGGCUCCUGGACCACCCAACACAUGAGAAGGGGGGAGGAGGUCAGAGAACGAGAGAGGGAAAGGGAGGAGGUGCCAUGGAGGAACGGAGGUACAGUGGAUGACGACAGGCUGAACGGGAGGAUGCAGGAUCGACGGAAUAAGCCGUACCUGAAACCCUCCGACCGAGACCGGAUCAGUCCCAGAUCAGCGGAGGAAAGAGGAGGAGGAGGAGGGGAGGGGAUGAGGGGGGGAAACAGGGGGGGAGACUGGUACCCCCACCCGCGGGGUAGCCCUCAGGGCAUGCCCCCCUUCCCUUCGUACAGGAACAUGGAUGAGGUCUUCUACAAAAAAGAACAAAUGUAUAAGUCAGAGAAGCCCCUGAGGCAACAGUACCAAAGACAUGAGGAGGGGAGACUCAAGUCGAAGAGGAGGGAUGGAGCGGACUACCACAGAUCCAGACACUCAGAGUCAGAGCUGGGAGAGGAGUUUCUACCCACCAGGACAGGAGAAGACAGGAGGCAGACAGAAGGGUCCCCGACACAGGGAAGGAGCAAGAAACCCACCAGGAGACACGGGACGGAGAAACCGGAAAGAGAGACUACUGAAAAUAACGGAGGAACCGCUGAGUAUCAGCAAUCCAAAGAGAAGUCUGUUUCUCCUCAAGGAAGUGGCAAGCAUGAGAGAGAAAAAGACAGCGAGGCGGAGGAGUGGGAGAGUGGGGAUGACGCGGAGGGUGAGGGCUGGUACCCCAAGAACAUGGAGGAGCUGGUCACAGUCGACGAGGUAGGAGAGGACGACUCCAUCAUCGAACCGGAUCUCCCUGAACUGCAGGAGCACGAGGACGUGUCAGCCUCAGACCUCCACAACGAUCCUACAGAGGAGGAGGAGGAGGGCGUGGGGGAGGCUCCACGAUCAACCUCCACCCCCAGUCCCAGGCCCUGCGCUGAGAAGGAGUUAGCCCAGAGAGACGAUACCCAGUCGGGCAGAGGAGGUGGGGUAGGUAGGGUGGUGGAUCCUAUUCCUACAGAGGAGAAAGAUGGGGAGAUUAGCACAAACCCCAGCCCCACAGACCAUUCACUGCCACAGUCACAGCCACAGUCACAGCCACAGUCACAGUCACAGUCACAGCCACCACAGUCACAGCCACAGCCACAGUCACAGCCACAGUCGCAGCCACAGUCACAGCCACAGUCACAGCCACAGUCACAGCCACAGUCACAGCUACCCAUCCCAGUAGCCUCAGAACAGCUCAGUUCAGACCUGAAUGAUUUCCCCAACCCGGAGUUCAAGGCAGCCCUGGAAGAGACGUGCUCGAACUUGGAAGCUGAAGUACUGAAGAGAGGAGAGCCGAAGCAGGAGCUGACGCUGACCAAUCACGUUGGUGCGUGUGAAAGCAGCAAGACCCAGGAUGUAAUACACAAGAUGGAGGACGUGGGGAGGGAAGUACCGGUCAUGGAGCCAGACAUACAGCAGCACAAGGCUGAGACUCCUAGAGUAAUCCAGAAUUCAACACAUGUCCCAUGUCCUAUAAACCUGAUAGACAUAGGGGCUCCCUCACCUUCUAGAGGGCAGAAGGCUAUCAGUGAACACAGCAUCCCUCUGGGGGUGGAGUUCAUCGUGCCCAGUACGGGGUUCUACUGCAAACUGUGUGGCCUGUUCUACACCAGCGAGGAGACAGCCAAGACCUCUCACUGUCGCAGUACUGUCCACUACAGGAACCUUCAGAAGUACCUGUCUCAGCUGGCAGAGGACAGUCUACUUGGUGCACUCACUGACCCCUCAGCUACAGAGUGACCUCUGACCUAUACUCAUCACACGGUACCGUCAAGUUGGUGGGGCGGACGGCGUUGCGUGUGUGCUACAGACUGAGUGAUCGGAGCUUGCCAAGGACUACUCAACGAAAGAGACAUGAAUAAAUGACAUAUCGGAUGGAGGUCACACGGUAAAAUGAACUGGACCCGGAGAGAAGAGCCAUUCUCUGGGAAUUGCUUGGACAACAACUCAUUGCUGAAUACCAAAUCAAAUCAAAUGUUAUUGGUCACAUGCGCCGAAUACAACAGAUGUAGACUUUACCGUGAAAUGCUUACUUACGAGCCCAUUCCCAACAAUGCACAGUUAAAAAGUACGAAAAAUAUUUGCUUAAGAAAAUAGUAACACAAUAAAAUAACAAUAACGAGGCUAUAUACAAUAUAGCAAAAUGUUUGAUUUUGUACAUAGUUUAAAAAUACUGUGAGUGUAGAAAGGUUCCAGUGUUCAGAUAUUGUGUAGGAUAUUGCAGUACUACAUUUGCCUAAAUGAAAACCGGUCACCAAAGAUUUGUGUUAAAAUAUAUUUAUCUAUCUUUCACACUUUGAUUUGUUGGCAGUAGAGAAGAAAUGUGUUUUGUUAUUCAUCACAGGAAUAAACACAGCCUUCUUUCUAGUAAUUAUUGUUGAAAUCAGACUCUGUGAUAUAAUGAAUUGAAACUCAUCCAUAUUAGUAUUUGUCAUGGUUCUGGUUACAUGUUGUUCUAUGUAGCUGUUCUCCACAUACAAUUAAAAUCAUUUGAUUUAACUUUACAUUUUUGUCUGUAAAGUGUUAGGGAUAUUACAUAAUGCGAUUUUAGAUGCAAAGUGCCUUGGAACAUAUCUGUCAUUGGUAGAUUUAGUAGUUUAGAAGUAAUCCUCAGGUUAAUUUAAUUUGGACGUUACAUUUUGAAUGUGUAUUUCAUUACACAGUGUUUUUGUGUAUAACUGCAGGAUAUAAAGGCCUACACUUGUUAUACCUACUGUGUCUGUUCAUUGAGACAAAAUGGAAUACGGUUCCAGACAGGGACAAAAACAUAUCAGUCUGAAAGAUAUGUAACUUUCAAAAUCAUCCCCGUAUGAUGCAUUUUGCAUUAAAUAUAUCAUCCCCAUAUGAUGCAUUUUGAAUCAUAUGAUGCUGCUUUUUGCAUCAUAAUGAUGCCAAAUGCAUCAUACGGGGAUGAUUUCUGUAUUUUUUAAGUUACAUAUCUUGAAAACUUGAGUGCUGACAAGUAGAAACUUUUUGGAACAACAAUCGACUAAUGAAACAAAUACCAAAAUAUAUUUAUUGUGUGGAAUUUUCCUUUAAAUUGAGGUGCAGUUUUACCAAAGAAUCGCCAUAUGUUUUCUUCAGGGUUUCUUCAAUUUUUUGUCCUGUAUUUGAUUUCAUUUAAAAAUACUUUGACAAAUUUGAGAAUUGUGAAAUUUGUCACAUCAGGUUCAAUAUUUUGCAAAUGUCUAAAUAAUUUAUACAGUGCCUUUAAACUGUAUAGAAACUUGAACUGGACCAUGUGUGUUAUUUAAGAGUUAAAUUAAGUGUUAAGAGUUAAAUUAAGUGUGAUUUUAAGUCAGUAUAAUAUAUUGUUGAGGCAGGGUUUGAAACUUGCUCUCUCUCUCUGUUUUCUACACUGUGAAUGUUGCUCCAAGUUUUAAGAUUGUUUUAAGAUUGUGUUUAAGAUUUUGUUGAACUUUUCUUAUGGUUAUUUCCUGAUGCAAACAUUUGAAUAAACAUUUUAAGAGAGAAA